AUGUCUUGGUCUAUUCUCAUAGGUGCUGAAGAACUUAUCCAUGGGAAUGCGCAGUGGCUUCUCUUACAGGAUCAAGGCCUCCUCUUUGAUAAGGUCCGCACUUUCUAUGACUGUUGGUCGAGCAGCGAGGACAGUAAGGAGGAGAGUUGUCGUGAUUCUCGAGGUACUCGCGAUUCUUCUGAUCGCGAUGGCUUUGAUGACUACGCCUGUACACUGGAUGGAGAGUAUGGUUUAAUGAGUCGGUCAUUCCGGAGUUUCAGCUUUUCUAAAUCCAUGUCUGCAGAGAAGGCCAUGAGUCAAUGUCUCAAGGCUUUUUAUCUCGUUGGAAAUCCCAAAGACUAUACUCUCUAUGAGAUGAAUGAGAAAGAUGGAAGUGAGCUGAAGUUGGACAUGAAUGGGGACUUCAAAAAUCAACUACGCUUCGAUCCCAAAAGACCGACGUUAGUUUUUCGACGUGAAUGUCCCGAUGAUCCGUUCAUUUCGAACAUAAAAGUUUUUAGUGGUGAUCUUAUAAUCGACGAUACGGAACAGUCGAUAGAGCUACAAUUAGAUGAGAAUACGACAGCUCAACAAAUCGUGAAUAGAGCUGUUCAAACCUUUCAGAAAAUGACUACUUCGGAGCUAGAUUCUUCGAACCUUCGAUUGACAAUGGUUUCUCUGAACUUCUGUGUGAGUGAACGGAUUUUAGAUCCAAACGAUCGACCAUGGGAACUCUUGAGCACUCUGCGAGCGGAGUCCUGUCGUGCUCUUCAACUCACCCGUUUUUGUUUGCGUCUUGUCUUUGACGCAGGCUCAUCCAAAAAUACCUCCUCACCUUCAUCCUCUUUUCCAAAUUCCACCUCUACCACGAAAACUUCUUCUACAUCUGUCCCACUGUUUGUGGGCAAUUUAAAGGAGAAUCUCUCACAGUUCAUGUAUGAACGAUUGCUUUCCCACAAACUCGGGGACCAACUCAAGUGGGAGUCCAUUGAAGUCAUCUACUACGAGAGCGGUUGCCUGGUUCUCAAUUUUUCAACAUUUGAAUUGGCCGAAGAGGCCUACGACAAACUUAGAGUGCGUUUAUCUUGUUGA